AUGACGCUGUCAGAACGACAAAUAUUGGCCAUCUCGGCCACAGAGCGGGUUUGCUCGACUAUCUCACUCGUUGGCACUUUCGUUAUAGUCGCUACUUUUAUUUGGUCCCCUACGUUCCGUAAACCCAUCAAUCGCUUGGUCUUCUAUGCAUCAUGGGGUAACAUCAUGGCUAAUAUAGCCACCAUCAUAUCGGCAGACGGGAUUCAUUCGGGGGUUGAUAGUUCCCUAUUCACCCUUAGCAGACGACCACUAAUAAGCACGGAUAGGUUCAUGCCCGCGGAUGCACUAUGGACAUUCGCAAUGGCAUGCAAUGUCUACCUAACAUUUUUCCACAAAUACAACUCCGAGCAACUACGCCGGCUCGAAUGGAAAUAUGUGCUCUGUUGUUACGGCGUCCCAUUCGUCCCAGCUUUCGCAUACUUCUUCAUCCAGAACCAAGCCCGAGGCCGGAUAUAUGGCUCCGCCAUACUCUGGUGCUGGAUCUCUGCACAAUGGGGCUUCCUCCGUAUCGCCACCUUCUACGGACCAGUCUGGCUCAUUAUCUCAUUGACCUUCGCCAUCUACCUACGAGCAGGAACGGUGAUUUACCAGAAACGGCGCCAGCUUCGGCACCUUGGCGGCAUCGACUCGGACCUUGCCCCAGAAUCUCCCUUUGCUAUGUUGACCGGCAUCCAAGUUACCAGGGAGAUUGCCUGCUCUACUCCAGAACGCCGGUCCUUGUCGGAGGGCAAUGCGCGCGGGUUGCCGUGUGCUGCGUUCAGAGCAUACUCGGUCACGAUCGAGGGCGGGGGCACCCCCAGCACGUUUCAUGGUUCCAGCUCAAGAAUCGGUCCAAGUCCUCCUCAGCAGGAGAAUUCUAGCAAAACCGUGCGGCCGGAUGGAAUGGAUUCACAGCGGAGGUCGACGUCCACGGAAACUAGUUCGGCUACUUGGGCGUAUACGAAAUACGCUAUGCUGUUUUUCAUUGCAUUGCUUGUUACAUGGGUCCCCUCAACGAUAAACAGAGUCUAUUCCCUGGCUCGUCCUAAUGACUUUAAUUUCAGUCUGAACUAUGCAUCUAGCUUUGUCCUGCCGCUCCAGGGCUUUUGGAACAGUCUUAUAUACGUCUCUAUCUCAUGGCCCGCAUUCAAAUUACUUUGGUCUGACCUCCAUGGCCGCAUAUGCUCGUGGCGCAUAUCCCGUUUGGUGACAAAUACGCAAUCCUUUCAUUUACGGAAAAGCUCUCAAACCUCGAGUCCUGCUCUUUUGGUGAAAGCCGAGAAUGAGGAGAACAGACGCCGGAGUUGGCUGGGCUUAGAUCCGUCAAGUUAG